GCCCUCAGUACCUGUACUGUUCAAAGCACUGGUCCAUACCCAGUUAACAGGUUCUAAGUGGGGCUGUUGCAUCAAGAUCUACAACAAUGGUUGAGCAGUUUGUUGGAACAUGGAAACUGAUUUUCAGCGAGAACUUUGAUGAAUUUCUGAAGAAACUUGGUAUUUCUGCUGCCCAGCGGCAGAUGGCAAGCAAACAAAAACCCAAGUUCUCCCUGAGUGUCGACAACCAGGGAAUAAUCACCAUUGAGUCUCAGGGAAUCUUUAAAGCACCUGAGAUCAAGUUCAAGCUUGAUGAGCCUUUUGAAGAGGAGACAGUGGACAACAAGGUCAAGACCGUGGUGACUCUGGAGAAUGGCAAGCUCAUUCAGAAAAUGGGAGAAAUGUGUGUAGAGAGGGAAAUCUUGGAUGAGAAACUGAUCGUGAGAACCAUGAUGGGAAAUGCGGUGGUGGUGAGGACAUUCGAAAAGGAAGAAUGAACGCAAACAUGGAUGAUCGCCAGAAUCAUGAAAGUCAUCAUUCUUUGAUAAUACUGUUUCGUUGAAUAAAUAAAAAAGUUAUGUGGCAUCA